AAGAAAAGAGAGGGGAGAGAGAGAGAGAACACUCGGCUCCUCUAUAUAUUUCCCAUUGCAAAUCGCGCCCACGCCUCUCUCUUUCCCAUUCUCCCCCAUGUCUAUUUUUUGAACUUAUUCACAAAAGACAGAGAUUUCGGUCUUCAAUCUUGCUUGUCGUCGUUGUCCAUGGCGACUCAAUGGGUCAAGUCUUGCAAAUCAACAUCAGCAAACGAUGUCGUCGACGAGCGCCGCCACAAACCACCGAAGCACCGCCCCGUGGCCGUAUCUUCAAGUUGCAGAAAAGGCGUCCAAAGCCUCAAAGAUGUCAUCGAAACAACCAAACCGAAGAAACCCAGGAAAAAAGCCAAACAACCCAGCUCGGUGGCACCCGAACCCGGUUCGGACAGGGAGAAGACCCGCGUUCAAACCGUCACCGUGGGCCCGUUCUCUCCGGCCCUCACUGAGCUCCCCGCCGGUCACCCCUCGCGCAAUGUGGUCGAGAUAAUCUUCCGCUCCGGCUGGUCGCCCGAGCCCUUCUCGGGUCGGGUCGAGAUCGUGUUCAAGGUCCGGAAUUCGUCCGGAACCGCGGCCCGGUUCGAGGAGUACAGGGAAAAGGUAAAGGCCCGCGUCAGUUACGGAGGCGGUGGGGACCACGCGCGGUGCGCUGCGGACGGGAAUGAGGUGAUGGGGUUCCACUCCCUGGGUCCCGUCGACGGGGGCCUGGGUUACGACGGCGCGUGGGAUUCUCAUUGCCGGAAGGGUGUGGUGUGCGUGUUUUCCGGCGGUGGCGAGGCUCACGAGAGUGGCGGCGGCGGCGGGAGGGGGCGCAGGGCCAUGUUGGUGUGCCGGGUCAUUGCGGGUCGGGUUGGUAAACGGAUGGGUUUGAAGCCCUUGUCGGAGGGCCGAGUCGGGUUUGACUCAGUGAGUGGAGAGAAUGGAGAGUUGGUAGUGUGUGAUACACGUGCUGUGUUGUCCUGUUUUCUUAUCCUUUAUAAAUUGUGAAUAAAAAACACCAUUGACAGCAGUAAUAGGAAGAUCAAUAUUUUAUUUCUUA